AUGAACAGUUCAACAGACGAACUACCGGCGCUAGCGGAGGACCCAUCGGCCUCGCUCACGGAGAAUAUAUUUGACGAGUGGUCGGCACUAGCUGAAGAGUUGUUAGUUUCUGUGGCGACAGAUCCAAUAGACGGGCUGAUGGGACUGGCUGACGGGUCGCCGCCUACCGAGACGAGCAUUCCGGGAGAGGCGCUUCCGAUACCUCCGGGCCAGGCAGCUGGGUUCCCAUCCGAUGAUGCCAAACCGAGAAAGGCCCCACGGCGGACCCGAAGGCAGGGGACCCGACCGCCGCGGGCAUUAAUUGCGAAUGUUGCAGUCUGCUCGAGCAUAGCUAGAGCCAGGAGCGCCAGUCUCGCUGGCCAGUCCCAGCCCAAGGCUUGCCUUGACGGCAGUGAAAAGAAGUGCACAGAAACCCCUGCGGUUAGUGCCCAGAAACAACCUAGUCUCGGCGUGCAUCUCUUCUCCCGGCAACUUCCCACCGACCUGAGCACUGCCGAUGUCGUAAUGAUGCGGGCAAAGGGUGCCCUCCGGGUCCCAAGGGCGACGGCGCUUCGCGGGCUCAUCAAAUCCUUCUGCCAGUUCGUAUAUUGCCGAGCUCCAGUCGUGGAUCUAUAUGAGCUAUUGGAACUUUCCGGGCCAGGAGACGUGGAAACGCCCGAAACGAGCAUCAGUCUUCUUCUCCUGAAUGCGAUCAUGCUCACCGCAUCCAUGCAUGCCCCAGUGGAAGUUCUACGCGAUGCCGGUUAUGGCUCUCGAGCAGAGGCAUUGGCUGGAUUCCACGACAAAGUACUUUACAAUCUAAACUACGAGAAGGACGCCGUCGCCACCCUCCAAACCCUCCUUUUGUUGGCAUAUGCCUCUGACGACAGUGAGUCGGACAAGGACAAGACACAUUGGACCACUGUUGCCGUGUCUUUGUGCUACCGCAUCGGGCUGAAUCACUAUCCCAAGGGCGAGGGCUCGGCGUUGCUCGGCAAGGGUCCUGGGCGUCUAUGGAGACGAUUAUGGUGGUCAUGUUUUAUCCUGGACCGACUGGUUACCGUGACAUACGGGCGAAUCCCAGGUAUCAACCAACAAGACUGGGAUGUUCCAUAUCUGCAGAUGGAUGACCUUGAGCUCGAAGCAAUGCCGGGCUUUGUCGACCAGAUGUUGGUUCAACAACUUGCAGAAUGUUUUAUUGAGAAGGCAGAGUUGAGCGUACACCGUGGUUGCAAGUGCUCCACUGAAUUAAUACCCCCAGCAACACUUCCCCCAUACCACAGUCACUACCUUGCCGACGAGGACUAUGAGCUUGGUCUAAUUCAUUCAAUGUUCGGGCCUAUCAGUAAAUUCUAA